GACGCGACUGAGGACACGGUCGCUUGCAAGACGGUGGCGGCGCUCCUCCACUACUUCUUCUUGGCGACCUUCACGUGGAGUGCCGUCGGGGCCUUUACAUGUAUGGACUUUCGUGAAGGUGCGGAAUACCGAAAGAUCUCCGCUGAAAUAUUACAUGUGCGUGGGUUACUUGGCUCCCUUCUCGUACGUGUCCCUAACCCUCGCAUUCACACACGCCGAAGGUUAUGCGACCCGGAAAGCAUGCUGGUUGUCUCCCUAUGGUGUUCUUUGGACCUUCGCCGGGCCUCUUGCUAUAAUCAUGUUGAUAAAUGCCGUUGCCUACUUCAUGACAAUGCAAGUCGCUUGGCGGGAAAACGCACUCAUCGCCAACAGUCAUACCAACAGCAACAACAACAUCACCAAGAGCAACAGCAGCAAAAACAACAGCAAUAACAGCACCAGCAGCCGUAGCAGCAACAGCCAGAAGAAAAAGGCAGUUUCCCCCAUGAAGAAAGUCUGCAGUUCCUUGGCUGUUGUGUUUAUUCUCUGCUUAACCUGGAUGGCGGGAUUCUUCUACUUUAUCGACGAAACCUACAUCAUGGCGGGCAUCUUUACCUUCCUGAAUUCCAUGCAGGGGAUCGUCAUCUUCGUCUUCCACAUCGCCAUCAACACCCCCAUAACACAGGAGGUGAAGCGUAUACUGAAGUGAACAGAGAUGAUAUUCACUGGGGUUGAAACCUGAUACGCAAAACUGCUUCUACCUACAAGAUGCUCCUGCAAAGUCUUCUAUUCCUGGGCUGCAACUCUUGCAAUCUUUAUGCAAAUCAAGCACGUCUUAUAUUCUUCGUGACGGAAGGGAGAAGAAACUAGAAGAUAAAGGAGAGAAAGGAGGAACUUAGAAGAACAAAUGGCAGAAGAGUCACGUUUUCGAAUUUUGUCAGUGACGUAAUCUGGUCAUUUUUUUUCUUCUUUUUUUCCAUUUGAUUUUCACAUUUCCACAUCUUUGACAUUUUGUAAAGUUCUUGUGGUCUUUGUUGUUUGGUGUUAUUUAUUUUCACGUAUUUUUAUCGUUCGUCCAUAAUCAAAAUGUCUUCGUUUUGAUAAACCUAAGGAUUACCUUUUCUUAUCUAUAUUAAUACAAGUCGUUCUGAAACUGCAUACGAUAAGAUGCUGAAAGAACAAAUGUAUUGCCAGUGUGUUCGUCUAUGUUAUUGUUGUAUUUACUAUUGAUCUUUUUAUAUACAAAGUUAUCGACGGAAAA